AUGCAGCUGGCGUGUAAGACGGUCAAGAAGGCCGAAAUCAAGUCACACGAGGAGGCUCAGGACUUGAGGAAGGAAGUCGCCACUCUCUCCAUGCUGCAGGGUCACCCCUACAUCGUUCGGCUGCACGAUACAGUAGAAGACAGGAAGCACGUGCACAUGGUGAUGGAGCUGUGCACAGGAGGAGACCUCUUUGACCGAGUGGCAAAGGACGGCCCCUACAGCGCAGCAGCGGGCGCCAGGCUGUGCGCGCAGCUGGUGGCGGCGCUGCUGCACUGCCACCGUCAUGGCAUCGUGCAUCGUGAUGUGAAGCCCGAAAACAUCCUCCUUACAAGCAGGCGCCUCGAUAGCGACAUAAAGCUGGUGGAUUUUGGAAUCGCGACCUUCUUCCAGGAAGGCGAGAGACUGAAGGAGCUGAUGGGCACGCCGCAGUACAUGGCACCGGAGCUCAUCCAGGGGGAGUACGGCCCUGAGGUGGAUGUGUGGAGCGCGGGGGUCGUCAUGUACAUCGCCAUGUGUGGCGUUCCCCCUUUCUGGGCGUCGUCCAAUCGCUCGCUAGCGGAGGCGAUCCGGGGGAAGGAGGCCAGCUUUAAGAGCGCCAAGUGGGCCGGCGUGCCGGAGGAAUGCAAGGAUUUGAUUGGCCGGAUGCUGGUGAAGGACCCGAAGCGGCGAAUAACGGCUUUGGAGAUACUUGGACAUCCAUGGAUACGCGAAUCUGCAACCUGA